CCACUUUAUCAUUAAACUUCAAUCCCGGUUUUGCUUUUGCACAUAGCAGACUCGGCCAUUCUCUCUGACUCUCAAUGGACAAGGUAAUGGCGUGUUUGGUUGCGGCCAUUGUGAUCCUCUGCAGCCUGACCCACGUGAGAUCCGACGCGUCCGAUCACCGUUACAAAAGAGGGGACGACGUCCCUCUCUACGCUAACAAGGUGGGACCCUUCCACAAUCCCAGCGAGACAUACCGUUAUUUUGAUCUCCCCUUCUGUUUACCAGGUCCUCUGCAAGAAAAGACAGAAGCUCUUGGGGAAGUGCUGAAUGGGGAUCGAUUAGUUGUUGCCCCCUACAAACUCGAAUUCCGAAAAGACAAAGAAUCUGAGAGUGUUUGCAAAAAGAACCUGACACAGGAAGAAGUUUCUCAAUUUCGGACUGCAGUUUCAAAGGACUACUACUUCCAAAUGUACUAUGACGACUUGCCCAUAUGGGGUUUCUUAGGAAAAUUUGACAAGGAAGGAAAAGAUGACCCCAGCGAGUACAAGUAUUACCUCUCUAAGCAUCUUCAUUUCGAGGUCUUUUACAAUAAGGAUCGUGUUAUUGAGGUUAGUGCAAAAAGUGAUCCAGAUGCCCUUGUGGACCUGACAGAGGACAAAGAAGUUGAUUUGGAAUUGACAUACUCAGUCAAAUGGAAGGAAACACAUAUUCCAUUCGAGAAGAGGAUGGAGAAGUACUCACAAUCUUCUUCGAUGCCUCAUCACUUGGAAAUCCAUUGGUUUUCAAUAAUAAAUUCAUGUGUGACUGUUCUCCUCUUAACUGGAUUCCUUGCCACGAUUCUCAUGCGAGUCCUAAAGAAUGAUUUUGUCAAGUAUGCUCAUGAUGAGGAGGCAGCUGAUGACCAAGAGGAAACUGGUUGGAAGUACAUUCAUGGUGAUGUAUUCAGGUAUCCAAAGUACAAGUCAUUGUUUGCAGCAUCGCUUGGUUCUGGCACCCAGCUAUUUACUCUUGCAAUUUUCAUUUUUAUGCUUGCACUAGUUGGUGUAUUUUAUCCUUAUAAUCGCGGAGCUCUGUUCACGGCUCUUGUCGUCAUUUAUGCACUUACAUCUGGGAUUGCGGGCUAUACUGCAGCCUCUUUCUAUUGCCAGCUAGAAGGAAACAACUGGGUGAGAAAUUUGUUAUUGACUGGAAGCUUGUUCUGUGGACCACUGUUUCUCACGUUCUGCUUUCUUAAUACUGUUGCAAUUGCUUACAGUUCCACUGCAGCAUUGCCAUUUGGAACAAUUGUGGUGAUUUUUCUUAUAUGGACUCUUGUAACUUCACCUUUAUUAGUAUUGGGUGGGAUUGCUGGAAAGAAUAGCAAGGCUGAGUUUCAAGCUCCAUGUCGCACAGCAAAAUUUCCUAGGGAGAUCCCAUCAUUGCCUUGGUAUCGUAAAACCCUUCCUCAGAUGGCAAUGGCAGGGUUUUUGCCUUUCAGUGCUAUCUAUAUUGAGCUCUACUACAUAUUUGCUAGUGUAUGGGGUCACCGGAUCUACACCAUUUACAGCAUUCUGUUUAUAGUUUUCAUCAUUCUCUUGAUUGUCACUGCAUUUAUAACUGUGGCGUUGACGUAUUUUCAACUUGCUGCCGAAGACCAUGAGUGGUGGUGGAGGUCUUUCCUUUGUGGUGGAUCAACUGGCUUGUUCAUCUAUGGCUACUGCUUGUAUUACUACUAUGCACGAUCAGAUAUGUCAGGUUUCAUGCAAACCUCGUUCUUCUUUGGGUACAUGGCUUGCAUUUGCUACGGUUUCUUUCUCAUGCUCGGGGCUGUCGGUUUCCGUGCUGCCUUAUUUUUUGUCCGUCACAUAUACCACUCUAUCAAGUGCGAGUAGCAAGGCAUUCGGUCUGCCUAAAGUUCAACAGGAGAAGAUUGAAGCUAUGCGACAGACUUGCCUCCCAAGUUUCUUGUCAUUCGAAUCUUCAGGGAUUGAUUGACACAAUCCAUCAAUGUGGUAGUAUUUAUAGUGGAGAUCUAGUGGGACUGUAGAAUUCCUAAUCUUGCUUGCACUUCUUACCUGAAGCGGCACCUUGUAUAACAUUCUUCUUCUCGUAUGCCAAGCUCCAAAAUUGGUUUUGAUA